GUCGUAAAUUUAGAAAAGAAGCAGCAAGUAAAGCCAUGCUUGGCACUUCAAAUUUAGCUACAAGUGAAGAAAAAGAAUUAAAUGAAGCAAUGACCGAAGAUACAAAAACAUUAGUAACGGCAAUAGAGGUUUUAAAAUCUGAAUAUAGUGUUUCAAAAUCUUCAAGUGAAACUUAUGAAAAUGAGGUUAAAGAAUUCCAAGAUAAAGUCAAAGCCAUAAUCGGAAACGACCUAACCAACUGA